AUUGUCAUCGCCGUUCGCAACGGAACAGGCUGCAGUCUGUCUGCGACACCAGGCUCGGCAUGCCGCCGCCUAACGAUAGCGUUGACCCUCCGAGCCCGGAAUACGCGUCGCCGAGGCGAACGCGUCGGCGAUUGAUCUUCACCCUGCCUGGGGAAAACACCGCAGAACUCUGGAGCGAGCCCACGGCGCGGCAUGGCCAGCACAGCAGCGACCCGCUGUUCGCCGCCGCCGAAGUCAGCAGCGACAGCGGGAAACGCAGCGGCGACUACGCGACGUACCUGGCCGAAAUGGCGCCGGCGGCCGGCAUGAAGCGCCAGCGCAUCUCUGAAGACUACGGUCACCUCGAGGAUAAGUGCAUAAUGUGCCGUUUUCUGGACGUGCUCGCGAGGUGCUACAAGUGGGCCUGCGUCAGCCUUCUAGCGUGGCUCUACUUCAGGUGGUUCAGCUGAAGCGGCACCGGGUGUGCUGCAGUGGUGCGGCCCGCUCGGCAGUCGAGCCGCUCCCAAAGAGCCGCGCCCCCGAGAACAAAUCGUGCUGCGUCCUCCGCCGUGAUCAAUACAGACAAAUUGCGCCCA